CUCAUCCGCAACACCCAUUGGCCUUCCAACCUCAGCAUGAUCACAAUGAUUUUACUGCUGCCGGUCACUCUCGCCUUAUCAAGACCUCUCAAAGGCAGCGACAGAAUUGCUGGGGUUAAUCAGGUCAGCUCGGUGGAUGUCUUCCAUCAGCCUCACUACACCUUCAACGCCUCUGAGGCCAGGCUGGUUUGCCAAUCACUUGGGCUGACCAUCGCCACCAAAGCACAAGUGCAAAGGGCUCUCUCAAAGGGCUUCCAAACCUGCAGGUUUGGAUGGAUUGAUGAACACUUGGCAGUCGUUCCGAGAGCCACGCCGAGGCCCUCCUGUGGAAAAGGCAAGACCGGCCUGGUAGAGUGGAGAACCAGUGUCAAGAUACGCUUUGAUGUGUUUUGCUUCAAUGAAUCAGAUUCAGGGACACAAUUGAAGGAUACAAAAUCCGAUAGCCCGCUGACCGGCACGCACUACCAGGAGAACAGGCGUUCUCCUUCCAAACAGGACACCAUCUUGACCUCUGACCUGCUGCCCUCAGCCUCUCUCUCCUCCAUCACCUCAACCAGCAGACCUAUCUCUUCUCCUUCACUGUUCCCCAUAAGCCAAAGGCCAAAGCAGGCCCUGCUGCUGGGCAGCACCCCACGAGGCUCCCUUAAAGUGCCGACAAAACCCUUGCUUAUCGGCGUCACCUGCGCUCUACUACUGGUCAUCACUGUUGUCCUUGGGUUGGAACAAUUGAACCGCAGCUGUUUUCAGAACUGGGACAUGGGGCCACAGGAAAACUACAUUGAAACCGAGGAGAAUACAUGUGUGCCAGAGGUCACAAUAGACGAGGGGCCUGAUGACGGAGACAGUUUUGAUACAGCAAUAUGAUUUGCCGCCUAUCCUAAAUGGAUAGUAGACAAUAUUAUAUAUUUGCAACAAUAUUUUGGAUAUUUUGCUUUAAUUUACCAUCAAAUACAUGCAAAAAGGGAUUUUCCAAAAUGUUGUUGUAGACUAUGCAAAAUGGAUUUAAACUUGAACGGAAAAGGUGCACGUUAUGGUAUGCCUAAAAAUAUGUUUAGUUGUGUGGGACUGUCUCUUAAUUAAUAUGUCAAUGUUUUGUAUAUAAAUUAUGUCUAAGUUGUUCUAAGUUAAUGUAUUUCACUUUAAUUUAAUAAAUCGUUUCAGCCACAAGAGGUCACUGUGUUCAUGACAAAAUAAAUGUAAUGUUCCAGUAAAUAUUUUUAUACUUUAUACAGUGAAACUGAAUGAAACCGGGUCGUCAACUCUAUUAACAACAUCAUUUGCAGUACUGACAAUACUGAGUCAAGACAACCCUCACAAACAGGGCUAAAUAAAACACAUCAACCUUACUAAAAUAUCUCUGUCUGUGGAAAUCAUCUAUAUGCAUAUCCAUAGUAUUUAAAGUCAAUCUACCAUUCUCUACAGAUAAUGAACAUUGCACUGGGGGUUCUCCACAGUUAGGUUAUGGGUAAUGUGUUUUGCAAAUAGCAGAGCCGGUAUUUUCUUGUAAAUAAGAGUGUCAUUCAUCCUGGUUUGCAACAGAAGAUAUGUGCAAGAGAACGGGCACCCAAACAUAUUGUGCCCAGGUUCAGAUAACAGAGGUCAGUGUUAAUGAUCAGAGAUGGCUAUAUGCAAAUGGGAUCUCUAUCUGUGGAAACAUCAGUGAUAAUGGUUAUGAAACAAUCAGCAAUGCAUUGCAUUUAAUAUCCUGUUAUCGGAUUUCCCUGCCAUUAAAGCUUUUGAGUGCUGUUGCAGAAAAAAUGUAUGAGUAACUGGUAAAUAUUGAGCACUUUGGCAAGUCAUGCUGGGAUCCUCUGUUGAGGAUAUACUUCACUCAGAUGUUGAGUUCAUGGCGUCAGACUUCACAGCCUCUACUAAGAAGCUGAGUUCGUUGCACAGUGUCUCGUGUCUGUAGGCCAACCGGAUCUGGGCCACAUUAGUGCGGCGGAUGUCAUUCCCUUCAUGUCCAUCUUUCAAGUAGUUCCCUCCGAUGAAGUGCUGCUUUUCCUUUCAAAAUAAAAAAU